AAAUGGACGAUUUUUAGAACUGUCCAGCUCAUGGUGGUACGUACAAGUGUAAGUAUACCGCGAAAAGUAGUUAAUACAGUUACAUUCAAACAUGAGACCAACCUAUAAAACCAUCAAACACAAUGUAAUGUCCCUUAUACAACACUCAACUAACCUCAACCAUCUUCUCCAAAUCCAUGCUUUAAUUCUCAAAACCGCUUUAGACAUCAACGUUGUUGUCCUAACCAAGCUAUUAGGUAAGAUAUUGACACCGAUCGCUGAUGAUAUCUCGUAUGCCCGCAAUCUGUUUGACACAAUUCCUCAACCAGAUACUUUCAUGUUUAAUACUAUGAUUAGAGGUUACCUAAAAUCAAACAACCCUGAAGAGAGUCUGUCACUUUUUAUGCGAAUGUGUCGUUUUGAUGGGAUUUGUAUUGAUAGUUUUAGCUUAUCGGUGGUUCUUCAAUCAUGUGGGAGAUUGGUUGAUAGUGAGAAUGGGGAAUCUUUACAUGCUUAUUGUUUGAAACAUGGUUUUGGGUCUGAUUUGUUUGUUCAGACGGCGUUGAUUGAAAUGUAUGGGAGAUUUGGUUUGGUGGAUGUUUCGAGGAAAGUGUUUGAUGAAAUUAAGGAUCCGGAUUGUAUUUCUUGUAAUGUUAUGUUGGGAGAAUAUGUUAGAGUUAGGGAGAUGGGAUUGGCUGAAGAGUUUUUUGAUAAGAUUUCUGAUAGAGACUUAGUUUCUUGGAAUACUAUGAUUCAUGGCUAUGCUUCGAUUGGUGAUAUUGAAUCUGCCCAAGAUUUGUUUGAUACAAGUGCUAGAAAGGAUUUUGUUUCUUGGAGCUCCAUGUUCCCAACCUGCGCAAAAUCCAGGUGCUCCAGUAAUGCUUUGAAACUUUUUCAUGAAAUGCAGUUAUCGAAUGUAGUGCCUGAUCAGAUCACAAUGGUUAGUGUGUUGUGUGCAUGUGGAGAUAUAGGUGCUUUAGGUAUGGGAAAGAUGAUCCAUGAGUACAUUAAAAGAAGUUGUAUCGAAAUAGGUAUAAGGCUCGGUACAUCUCUUGUUGACAUGUAUGCAAAGUGUGGGGAUAUAGACAAUGCAGUGGGUUGUUUUAAGCAGAUGAGUAAGAAGGAUGUUUUUGCCUGGAGUGCAAUGAUAAUGGGGCUUGCUAACCAUGGGUACGGUGAGGCUGCACUUGAUCUUUUUUCUAAAAUGAUAUCUGAAGGAACUAAACCCAAUGAUAUCACCUUCAUAGGUGUGCUGACAGCAUGUAGUCACAUUGGCUUAUUUGACAAGGGGUGGACAUAUUUUAAUGCUAUGAGUGAUAUCUAUUGUAUUCCUCCCAAAAUUGAACACUAUGGAAACAUGGUUGACAUUCUGGGCCGAUCAGGGAGACUUCAGGAAGCUAGAGAACUUAUUAGAAGCAUGCCUUUCGAACCGGAUGCAGUAAUUUUGAGAGCCCUUCUUGGAGCGUGUAAAAUUUAUAGGAAUGUAGAACUGGCAGAAGAAGCUAUAAUAAAACUUGUAGCACUAGAACCCAAUGUUGACAGGAAUUAUGUUCUGUUGUCAAAUAUAUAUUCUCAAGCCAAACAGUGGGACAAGGUUGUCAAUGUGAGAAGGAUUAUGAAAAACAACAAAAUCCAGAGGAUCCCAGGGAGCAGUUCAAUUGAAAUUGGGAACGAAGUCCAUGAAUUUAUUUCUGGUGAUGAAUCACACUUGCAAUCUGUUGAAAUCUAUAAGAUGUUAUCUGAGAUUAUGAAUAGAUUGAAAGAAGCAGGCUAUGUACCUUUAACAACCUCUGUUCUGCAAGAUAUUAAUGAUAAAGAGAAAGAGACAUUGCUUGUUCGUCACAGCGAAAAGCUUGCAAUAGCUUUUGGUAUUCUUAAUACAGCUCCAGGAGUCUCAAUUCGAAUUGUUAAGAAUCUCCGUGUUUGUGAUGACUGCCAUUCAGCCAUAAAAAUAAUCUCCAUAGUUUAUAAUAGGAAGAUCAUCAUUAGGGACCGGAAUCGGUUUCAUCAUUUUGUUGCAGGGACAUGCUCAUGUUAUUCAGACUCCUAUACUCAGUGGGAACUGCUGGCCUUGGACGGUACGUCAUUUAGAUGUACUAAAAUAAUUACCGUUAAUUUUAUUUGUGUUUCACAUCUUCAGCGUCAUUUCGAUGUACUAAAAUAAUUACUGUAAAUUUUGUUUUUGUUUCACACCUUCUGCAUAACAUAAUUGGUUUAUUUCAUUAUUUUUUGUAGGAUGACUAUAUUACAUAUAUUAUGCACGCUCUUUCUAAUUUUGAUUAAAAAAAUAGAUACCACAAUUUAUACUUUAUAGUUAUAGCCUAACUGGAUUUUUUCCAUCGUCUAUAGUACAUAUGUUGGGUCAAAUAAUAGGAUUAAUACUCUGGGCCUAACGCGUUUAAAUAGCAAGGACUUCUAUACUAAUAAUGAAGUACUGAGUUGAGUUGAAGACGUAAAGUAAUGAAUAGACUCUAAAGACUAAUGGAUUUGGAAAGGAUUGAUAAAGUAUGGAUCUUCUAAUUAUUUCCAUUUAGAAUAUAUGGUUGAGCUCAUAUAAAAGUAGACUUCAAGAUAAAGUAUACAAGAUCGAAACUUCUAAUUCUAUACAAUGUAUUCAUUAUUUAACCUUGAUAAGAAAAAGUUAUAAAGAUCAAAACUUGUGCAAGUAAUGUUUCUUUUCUUGAUAACUUUAAGUAGUAAUAUUCUAUAUCUAAUGUAUCCAUAUCUUAACUGGUAAUAACUGUAUAUAGAGUUGAUCUAGGUUAAAAUUUUAUUUUUAGAUGGUUUUAAAUUUAUUUUGCUCUGUGAUUAUUUUGCUCUGUUAUCAUAAGUUUAAGUAUUGUUGAUGUUAUUUUUCAUUAUUUUCCAUCAACAAUGAUUGUUCAUUAACUUUUAAACAUAAUACAUGUAAUUUUCAACUUUUAUAGUAUAAUAAUGAUAAUCACAAACACAAAAUCACAAUAAUUGAAUAAUAAUCAUUAUAACAAAACUUAACAUCAAAUAGAAGAUUAAAAAUAAAUCUUGAUCUUGAAUUAUGUAUCUCUAGAAUACAUUUCUAGUGUUUUUUUUUAACUAUAUUAAAUUUUGAAAGAUGAAGUUUUUUAAUUCUAUGAGUUUAGAAUUAUAUAGAAAAAAUUGUUUAUGUAUUAUUAAAAUAUUACACCCUGUUAUAUACACUUAGAAUGUGUAAUUUUAAAAAAAAACAUAUUAUAGUUGAAUAUAUCCUGGGGCAUCACUUUAUGAUAUAUGGACAGGGCCUCAACAUAGUUUGAGCCGGGCUUAUCAACAUGGAGUACCACACUGUAUUGUUUAGGUUAAAAUUUUAUUUUUUUAAUAGACUAAACUGAGCUAUUCUUUUUAUAUUUCAUGUUUUAAAUUUAUUUUGCUAUGUGAUUAUUAACUAAUAACAAAUAAUCAUUAACUGCAAUUAUUAAGCUAAUAACUAAUAACAAUUUACACUUGUAUAUAAAUAAGAAUCAAUUAAUAUUCCUGUAAAAUUUGUUUUAUGUUACAUUUUCAAGAGACAAAACCUAUUUCAGGCAUGUGAGGAGAAAUGUAAAGAAAUACAAAACAAUUAUGAUUAAGGUAGACAUCAAAUGAUAUUAAGAAAAAUUGACCACGUGAUCAGAGUGUAUCUAAGUUUCAUUUGCGCACGCACACACAUACUCAAUAUUUUUUAUUAUGCCAUUCUUUUUUGGAGAAAGCGGUAUUUUUAGUAAAAUUUUGGCAUCUUAUUCUUAUUACAAAAAUCUCUUAUGUAUGGAAAUAACCACAUUGGUAAAAAAAAUCUUGAGGCAUAUAAAUUAUUUGUUGGAAUUAAAUGAAAUAGGUAAUAUGUUAUUAACUAAGCUUCAACUACUUUUUUUUAUCAACACAUUAAAUCAUACAAAUUAGGCGAGAAGAGUCGAACCCGAGACCACUUUCUUGACCGAAAUUUGAUGCCAUGUUAAGCAAUCAACAAUCCUAAAAUCUUAGUGUGGUAGGAGGUGGGCUUAUGUGGAUCAUAUACAAUGGAACCUUUGUAUAGUAUUACUCUAUAUAAGAAUAAACUCCUUAUUAUAAUACAAGUUUAUGGUCCAAACUCUAUGUAAUAAUAAUCUCUUUUUAGGACCGCUUACUCGAAAUUAUACUCUAUCAAUUCACCUCAUUCGAAAGCCUGUUUCUAGGUGGACAGUGGGUCAUGAGCACAUCUCGGGACAAUAAUUUGUCUCCAUUAUAAAAAUGAUAAUAUUGGGGGUUGGGACUCUGAGAUAUAGUUAUUAUUGUGAUAAAGGUAGCCCAUUGAUUUUUAUCGCUUAAAUACAAUUUCUUAAUAAUAUACAAUAUUAAUAUCUUGUCCUCUACAACAUAUAUACUUUUGUAUAAUUUGAUUACUUCAGAAAAACAUUAAACCUUUACACUGAUUUUGUUCUAUGGAAAUAAUAGCUGGAUAUUCAUAUCGAACUUGAAGUUCCAAUUGAAAUCAACAAAAUCCGCAAGAUUCAAAUUAUCCUCGCGUAAUUAAAAAAUAUCUAUAUCUACUUGGCAAAAGAAACAAAAAGAACGUCUAGAUUCAAUUAUCCCAAAUUGAAAAUGUAUGCCUAAUUGUGUUUUCGGGGUAUAAGUGUUAUGUUAUCUUUCAAAAUUGUUCUCAGAGAAGCAGAAGAACAUUAGCUAAAAAAUUGUUCUUUCAGAGAAGCAAAGGAAAUUUAGCUCGAGGUAAUAUGCAGCGAUGUAAUUAAUAGUUUUUUGCUGCUGACCAUUUUACUUGGUUUAUGUGUGUGCAUCUGGUUUUCUGUAUGUUUAUUCUUUAUGCACAUAUAUCAACAGUGUUUUUUUUUUUCGGUUUUACAUUUACGAGAUGUUGUCAAAUUGCCAUCUCUGCAGAAGAUGUAAGCAUAUUCCAAUCUCUGAGUCCUUGACUUUCUCUUCCUCUUUACCUAUCUCGAUUGUACGUUACUCUUUAAUGUUACUUUUAAGAUUUGUCAGUACAGUAUUGUCCAAAGAUAUCACCUCAGCAGCAUUCAAUGGCUCUAUCGCAAUCAAAAUUGAAUUUUUCCACAGUGUUUAUAUCUUCUGGUUGUUAUGUUAGUCUUGUAUAGGUGAAAGCCAUUUUUUUAAUUUGAAACAAAAAAAUCUUCUUCUUAGUGCCUCACGCUGUGCCAUAGUUUGCAUAAACUUGUACUCGUUGCCACUCAAGGUAGGUGCUAUUCCCAAUUUUUUCAUUUAUAUUUUAAUAACUUUUACCCUGCAUUAUCUUAUAAAGCAGUUAUCUGUUUAAUGAUUUUUUUAUAUGUUUUCCCUGACUGGCUGACUCUAUAUUGUAUAUAUGUAACACAUCUCUGGUUGAGUUUUCUGUUUUUCCUACACCUUGUCGAGGUCCUUCGGGGGUCAUUCAACCUUGUGCACAACUGCUACUAAUAGAUUUGUUUGUAUUCCUUUCGAGAUGGAUAUUAAUCAGAUAAUUAUUUCCAAGUUUGUCAGUUCUUUUAUUCAUUUUGUGUUAUUGUUGGGAUUGAAAAGUAAGUGUGUGUGUGUGUGUGGGGUGGGUUGGGGUGUUUACAAGAAAGAAGAGCCUUUCGGUUGUCAUGCUGAAUUUUACCUCUAAUUGAUUUGGGUAAUUAUUUUCAUUUUUGAUUUUUGU